AUGACAACAGAAAAUUAUUCAAGUUCACCCAAGGAACCUUUGUCACCAACAAGCACCGCAGAGAAAGAUUCUCUGUCCUUCGAUAGUUGCAUAGCGAUAAGUCCAGACAGUAAACAAAUUGUCACUUUUUGUCCAGAGAAGAGCGAAUUUAAGUUAUAUAAUACUAGUAAUUUAAGUUCAAAUAAAUCUAUUCCUACACCUGAGAAUAUUGUUAAUAAUGAACACGUUUGUUGGUCUAUAGCAAUAUCUAAUUGUAUAGACGAUGGUGGAAAUGAACGUCUUAUUGCAUUAUCUUGUUUUGAUGCUAAAAAACUUCGUCGUAAUGAAAAUGACGAAAAUGUUUUAGAUAAAGUUAAUAGACAAUAUGUUGAUGCCGAAUCUGGUGGCGAUAAUCAAUCCAGUGGUAACGAAAUCGAAAUAAAAUGUUCUCCUCAAACAUGGGUCAUCUCUACUGCUGAUGGAAAUAAAAAAAAUACUUCUUUAGAAUCAAUUGGCGGUGUUAUAAGAUUUCUUGAAAGUAAUGGCGGCGAUAAUGGUGGUAAUAGUGAUCAAAAAAAGACAGUAAUUAUUAUGGUUAAUGCAUCAGGAAUUUAUAAAGAAACAAGGGAUCAUAUUAAAAACGCACAUGGUGGAAAAAUAAAAAAACUUUUCUCACAAACAUUCAAGGUUCAACAAUUUGAACAAUUUGAAUUACCCCAACAACUUUCUGUUCGUCUUUCACGUGAUCAUUGGCAAAAUUCAUUUGAACUCUUACACGCAAGCAUUAAUAAAAAUCAUUUUAUGGUACAUUCUUUUAAAAAUCGACAACAAAUCAUUGAAAUGUAUAGUUUAAUCACUGGGGAUCUAGAGAUGUUAUUUAAACGUCAUGAAUCUUCUGUAGCUCCCAACAUAAUUCGCGGUUCACCUAUCUUUACCAUCUCACAAAAUGAAAAAAUUUUAGCAUUCUGUCGGGGAACUACCAGCAUUACAUUAUACUCUAUGGAUAAUGGUUUAGAAAUUGCUACUAAACAAUUAGAAGGUCAAAGAGGGAUUUAUAAAAUCACUGCUAUAAAUUUUAUUGAUGAUGACAAUAAACUUUUAAUAGUUCUUGACGAAAAAGAAUAUCUACGAGUUGAAAUUCUCAAGCGUCAAAUAUUUGUAGUAUGGGAUUUAUUUACCACAUUUGAAAAUUCCAUACGUCAAAUUGAUUAUUCAGAAACCACGAAACCCCUAAAAAUGGAUGUCACGCAUAGAUUAAUGAAUUCUCAUGGAAAAAUGUUUGCAUUUAGAGAUAGUGGAGAUAUUAUUUCAGUAUUAGAUCAUAAAGAUCUUGUUUUAAUUAGAAAUCCACCAAAGAAGGUAAUAACAAAAAUUGAAUCGGAAAAACUUGAAACGGAUGAUAAUACUAAGAGUGAUCACGACUAUCAUGUAAUUUAUAGUAUAGAUGGGGAAAUAUGCGACACAGAAAAAAAUCUUAUAAUUAUAAAUAAUGUUGAACCAUGGCAUCCAAACAAAAAUUAUUUUCGAAUAUCAGUUUUCUUGGAUUUUGCUAGAAGAACUCAACUUAUUAUAUCUCAGAACACUAUACAAGUAUGGAAAAUUCGUAGUAAUAAUAUUAUAGGAAAACGAGAUAAACAUGAUCGAGUAUUAGAAUACAUCUGGGCUCGAAAAAGUGAGAUAAAAGUUCUAGAAUUGAGAAUUGGAGUCCGAGAAUUUGUGUUAAAAGUUUCAAUGCCUUCUACUAAUUCUUCCAUAUCAAAAACAACGACGAUACAUUGGCCAAAUAAUGUAAAUGUUCUUGAAGGGUCAUGUCGAGCACUUCAUGUUUUAGAAGGGAAGAAACGUUUCAUAGCUAGUUUCGAAAAUGUUAAUCAAAUCGAAUAUUUAGAGGAAUGUAUACAAGGAUUAGUACGAAAACAUAUUAAAAAAUAUGGAAUAUUUAGAUUAUCAAGUGUUAGAUAUCCAAUUAUGAAAUAUCUAAUUAAAAGUAGUCAAGAAACUUUAAUAAGACAUAUUUUAAAUACGAAGAUUAAUAAAAAGAAUAGUAAUAUAUAUAUACCAAGAUCAUAUAAAUGGGUAGAUAAAUCAACAGCCGAGAUCACAAAGCCAGGUUAUAAAUGGGUAGACGAGAUCUCAAAGUCAGAUUUGCAUCAUGCUAUUUUAUGUCAAAAAAGAGGUGAUUCGACAGUAAUUUUAAAAUAUUUAAUAGAUUAUUAUGCUGAUAAUGCUAAAGAAUAUAACAAUUAUGGUUGGCUGUUUACUGUAAGCAAGGCAAUAAUCUUACUAUAUGAUCAUCAAUUAAAUGAACUCGUUCGAUAUUUAUUCAAAAAACCAUGUUUUGGAAUUACUGAAGCUUACACUCCACAAUUACGUCUUUAUCCUUAUGAUCAAAAAGAAGAAAAUAAUACUCUAUCAAUUUUAAAAGAACGAUUUACAAGGACUGGAGCCUCAAAUAAUGAUCGUAAAGUUUAUAUAGUCCCAUUACCUGAUUUUACAGUAUAUCCUAACCCCAAAGAUCUUGACCCCAAAGGUCCUGAAUCCAGAGAUCCUGAACCAAAUGGUCCUGAAUAUCCUAUUGAAAACUAUUCAAAAUAUUUUUGGUUUCUAUUUACUCUUUUUCGAAUAUCUUUGUGGCCACGUAGAAAAGUUAUUAAGAAAACUAAAAAAAUGAGUCCUUUCCUUCGUGUUAUACAUGAAGAAAAAGGUUAUGAAGUCUAUCAGACACCUACAAUUAUGGCAGUCUUAGAUUUCAAAUGGUCAGCUGCUCGUAGAUACUUUAUUCGUCAUAUCGUUAUGUAUAUAUUUUAUGCUAUUUCAUUUGGUAUAACAGUUUUUCCAUAUUCAAAUAAGGGAAAAUCAAACGCAAUUCUAAAAAUUGGUCUCUUUGUAUAUUCUUAUACUGGAUGGUAUUUAAUUGUUACGGAAAUUGUACAUUUAAAAAGAGAAGGAUUGUAUCGAUAUAUAAAUAUUUAUUCUAUCUUUGAUCUAGGAUCAUUGUUAUUACCACCGUUAGCAAGUAUAGCGAGUACUUUAUAUAACGAUCAAGUAUUCAUUUUUCAAAAAUCAGUAUAUAAUUCUAUUUUAGCGUUUACAGCUUUAGUAAUGUGGCUUCAAUUGAAUGUUGAUAAAUCUUCCCGACAAUAUUCACAUUUCAUUUCAUCAAUAGAAGCUGUAUUCUUUUGGACCAAUGGACGAUGGAAUCAAUUAGAUGAAUGGGAUAGUUAUUCUGUAGAAUUAAUUAGCAUAUUAGGAAGUAUAAUAUUGGUGUUAAUUUUCCAAAAUAUGUUGAUUGCAUUUAUGAAUGCUGCUUUUGAUAAAGCAAAUGAAGCAGGUCACGCAGUGGCUUAUACAUAUCGUGCUGAGCUUGUUGCUGAGUAUGAAGCUUUAGAAAAACCUUUUGAUAGCAAAAAAGAUUCUUCAAAUAAUAUGGAUCCUUAUGGGAUUUUAUCGCUGCAAAAAAAAGCUACUAUAAAUACUUUGGAUUCUAUCGAUUCACAAAGUGGUAUAAUCGAUAGAAUUUCAUUUAUUGAUGAAGAAAUUUUUCAGUUUAAAGUAACUUCUUCCAAAUUGAACAAGAAAUCACUAAGAAAUUGGGAAUCAAACAAGAAUAAACCUUUAUCCGAUGAACCAGGUCCUACUGCAAAUGUUGAUGAUCAAUCAUCACUACAAGUAAAAUUUAAUAUCAUGGAAAAUGAAUUUAAGGAUUUUAAAACGAAAUUUGAUGAGUUGGACCAAAAUUUAAAAGAACUAUUGAAAAAUUUAAAUAACCUGAAUAAUUCCAAAUAG